CAUCGGUGGGCGGAUCCCUUCUGGAGACAGCAGGUAUCCUUUAGUCCAGCCAGCACGCAUACACCCGAACACACACGCAUCGUUGUCUGGAGAUCCGCAGCACCGCCGCACAGAUCUGAGCAUGGACAUGGAUCUAGGGGCCGUGAUUGAGCAGAUGGAGACGGGGAGCCAGGACAGCGCGCUGGCGGCCCUGCAGAGCUUCAACACACAGAUGAGCCAGUGCUUCACAUUCAGCAGAGCAGAAGAACAAGACAGACAGGAAGAGAACCUGCGGAAGGAUCUGGGCGAACUGGUGCUUGGUUACCUAAACAGGAAGUUGCAACCCUCGUGUCUGCUGGCCUGUUUGGAAACUGUCCGAAUCCUGUCCAGAGACAAACACUGUCUGGAUCCAUUCCUCAGCCUCUCGGCCAUGUCCACCCUCGCCCACUACGCCGGGAUUGGGGUGCAGGGUGCCGUCUCAACUGACCACAGCCAUACAAUUGAGGGUCAAGUGGACGGUGAAGGAGGAGAGGGGGAGGGGCUAGCUGUGGAGGAGAACCCGGAUCAGGACGUGAUCAUGGAAGCCCUGAAAUCCAUCUGUAACAUCCUGCUUCACAAUGAGACGGGACAGGUGGUGGCAGCAGAGCUGCAGCUGAUUAAAGGUGUAGCAGCGAGAAUGAAGCAAUGUCACGACCCAACCUGGAACCAAGAGGUCCGGUUCUUUGAUCUGCGGCUCUGUUUCCUGCUGACUGCCCUCAGAGUGGACGUCAGAGCUCAGCUGGCUCAGGAGCUCCACGGCGUCAACCUCCUGGGCAACCACUUGGAAGCCACUCUGGGUCUGUGCUGGCCGGACACCAUGGAGACAGCAAGAGCAGGGUUUGAGGGCGUCCCGCCCGAGGAACUCCCCCCACUGAGCCGGCAGCAGACGGAGCUGGCCAUGGAAAUACUGAAAAUACUCUUCAAUGUCACAUUUGACACAAACAGACGUAAGGUGGAUGAGGAAGCAGCAGCUGAGUACAGACAUCUAGGAGCCAUUCUGAGACACUGUCUGAUGAGCCAUGCGGAUGGAGAAGAGCGCACCGAGGAGUUUCACAGCCACACCGUGAACCUGCUGGGUAACCUCCCCCUGCCCUGUUUGGAUGUUCUGUUGAUGCCCAAGGUGCAGCAAGGCUCCAUCGAAUACAUGGGGGUCAACAUGGACGCCGUCAAUAUGCUGCUGGACUACAUGGAGAAAAGACUGGACCGGGGCCAGAAGUUGAAGGAAACCCUCAUUCCGUCAUUGAAUCUGCUGACUGAAAGUGCUCGCAUCCAUCGGGAGACCAGGAAGUUCCUGCGCUCUAAAGUGCUACCCCCCCUCCGUGAUGUGAUGAACAGGCCAGAGGUGGGAAGUACUCUCAGGAAUAAAAUAGUUCGUCUGAUGACGCACAUCGACACUGACGUCAAGGACUGUGCCGCAGAGUUCCUCUUCGUUCUCUGCAAAGAAAGCGUGUCGAGGUUCAUUAAGUACACGGGAUACGGGAAUGCUGCGGGUCUGCUCGCUGCCAGAGGACUGCUGAGAGGAGGAAGAGAUUCUGGCAUCUACUCCGAAGAUGAAGACUCUGAGACGGAGGAGUACAAGGAGGCGAAGGCCCAUAUAAACCCGGUCACAGGAGUUGUGGAGGAAGACCAGCCCAACCCGAUGGACGGAAUGACGGAGGAGCAGAAGGAGCUUGAGGCCAUGAAGCUGGUCAAAAUGUUCGACAAACUAUCAAGGAGCAGCGUGAUCCAGCCCAUGCAGCUCGGCAUGGACGGGACGAUGAGGGAGAUGACCUCAAAGGAACUGCUAAAACCAUCCCACAAUCCCGUGGUGCAGCCAGAACAAGGAGCUAAUUCUGACAGUGGUGAAGAAGACUAGCGGAGACGUGAGCAUAACGACACAAGGCAGUCCAGGACCCGCGGCAGCGCCGGAGAAUCCCCUUACUGUUUUAGAUAUUCAUACGUAGCGUCCUCCUGCAGGGUGAUGGAGAGCAGGAGGGGUUUGUUACCUACAUUUGCCCCAGAGAUCCAGGAUCAUCCAGACACCUGCAACACCUUCAGCGGGGAAACUCGCUGCCGUCUUUUGUGUGACGCUGAAGGUCUGCUCACGAGAACCUGGUGACGUUUUUGUUCCUACUCUUCAUUAGCUACAGAACAUAUAAACGCCGACUAGCGCUGCUCAGAUUCUGAUGUUUGAAGCAGCAGAAGAGAAUGAAUUUGAUUAUUCUCCAGAUAUUUUAUUUUUGUGAGUGAAACAGCAGAUGGAUAAGUUAGCGUUAAAGACUGAAGAUCAAAAAUUCUUCUCUGAAACGUUUAAUGUAUUUUUUUCUUCUUAUUGUACAAUUAUA